GAGAAUGAAUUUUUUUUGAAAAUACUACUCAAUUGUUUCAGACUUUCGUAAAAUUAUCUUGUUGUAAAUAUUCGAGUAUCUAGACGUCGCGUUGAAUAGCUGUAGUUGAGUAGUGCUAGUCUAUAGACAUUUGCUAUUACUGACAUAGUUAUAUUUUAACAAAACUGCGAAUCUAAAGCAGCAUUUGGCAUAACCGAUUUUACGUCUUGCUUUUAGUUAUUUUGCCAAGAGAUUUUCAGCAUUAUUUACUAAAUUAUUGAGGAGUUUGUACAUAUACUCGUAGUGCAGUGUUAAUAAUGGUUGUGAAAGAAAAUAUCGAUUUAGAACACGUUCUAUCGAAAUUUAGUUUGACGAGAAUGUUUUACGUGAAGUUUUUGAGUUUGCUGUUAUUUUCCGGUGUGACGAAUUCAUUUUACAAUGUCAACUAUGUUUUUGCAGCCGCUGAUGUUCGUUAUAGGUGCAAGUACCCGGAAUGUGAUAAUAAGAAUAGUGAAGUCUUAAAUUUUACCUUCGACAAUAGAAAAUGCACAAAAUAUGCACUAUUAAAUGAAGCUGAAUACUGUUCAGUAGAAAAUAUAGAUCUUUCUCGAGGGACUAGCUGCAAAGAAUGGGUUUACGAGGAAAAAGGCAGUUUUGUUGAAGAGUUAGGAACAGCCUGCGAAGAUUGGAAGCGGACUUUGGUUGGAACAGUGCACAGCUUCGGGUAUAUGAUCGGUCUGCUCAUCGUGGGACCAUUGGCCGAUAAGUUAGGCAGAAAAAAGUUGAUAGUUUUUUCUGGAAUAACCGCUGCGACGAUGGGCUUGGGUAGGAGCAUCACAUCUUCCUACUGGGUGUAUGUGGUACUAGAGCUCAUAGAAGCAUUGUUUGGGGACACUUAUUCAGCUACAUUUAUGCUGGGUGUAGAAAUGGUAACAAAAGAGAAUAGAGUUAUAUUUAUCACUCUCAUGACCGCUAGCACGGCACUAGCCGGCAUAGUAAUGGCAUUAAUAGCAUGGGCCCUACCUUACUGGCGGCAUUUCCUUAGAGCGAUAUACGGUCCUUCUUUAUUCUUUAUCAUGUACAUAUUUCUAUUAGACGAAAGUGUUAGAUGGUUACUAAUCAAAGGACAGAAAGAAAAAGGGAAGGAGAUUCUAAAAAAGGCUGCCGAAGAAAGCAGGGUUGAGCUGAACGCUGACAAUAUUAGCAUUAAAUGUGAGGAUGGAUCAACUAAAACUGAUAUGGUGACACUGUUGAAAAUUACUUUUCGCUCUAAUAAAUUGAUGCUAAGAUUCCUGGCGUGUGUUUGUAUGUGGAUAACGGGCAUAUUCAAUAAAUACACGUUGUUGAUAAAUUCAGUUGAAUUAGAAGGGAAUAAGUACAUUAAUUUUGGUCUGACCACGUUAUCCGAGUUGCCGGCCAGUUUCGUGUUGGGUUUUGUUUUGAAGAAAUACAAGAGGAAGAUGCCUUUAAUAUUUUCAUUUAUUCUGACCGGGAUAUUUUGUGUUGGACAGUCUUUUGUACCAAAAGGUAACGCCUGGCUUUCAUUAGCAUUAUUUCUGAUCGGAAAGUUUAUGGCAACGAUAUCAUACGCUACGGUGUAUCUUUAUACGUCGGAGCUCUUCCCUACGUACACAAGGAACACAAUGCACGCAUUAUGUUCGUCUUUAGGAAGGAUAGCAUCGAUUCUUGCUCCUCAAACGCCUCUAUUGAUACAUCACUGGCCAGGUCUCCCUUCAGUUAUCGUUGGCGGGCUGUCUCUAGUGACUGGUACGGUCGUGAUCUUUAUGCCGGAGACUUCGGAGGAUGUUCUACCAGACACCGUCCGUGAAGCCGAAGCAAUCGGUACCAAAUUUGGCCCGGACACGUGUACCAGAUUAUGAAUAUUGAAAAGAUUCGUGAAUUAAAUAAUACUAUGUACUU